AUGAUGAUGAAUGAUAAUGGAUUAUCAAAUAGUAGAGAAGGAUUGUUAAUUAGGAAUUGUCAACAUUUGGAAUACUAUAAAGAGUUGAGUGAACGAACAUUGGAACUAUGCGAUCAAUCAUUUAUCGACACGAAAAAGGCAAUCAUACAAGAGUUUGAUACACUGAUACAAUACCUAAACGACAGAAAGAUAGAGUUGUUGACACAGUUGGCCGUCGAACUAGAAUCACACAAACAAGAUUUGGAAAAGAAUAGAGACAAGGCUCAACAAUUGAUAGAGUCACUUGAAAAGAGGUUGAGGGGUAGUAGUGGUAGUAGAGCACACAGUCCAACCAAUAAUGGGAGUAGCGCAACACCAUCAUCAUCGGUCAAUGGAUCGGGAUCACUGUCACCAACCAUCACCAUAACAUCACCACAAUCUUCGGGAGGAGGAAGCUCGUCACUGUCCAAAGCAUCGUCGGCAGGCUCAAAUCUCAGUGCUUCCACUCCGACAAUACUAUGCAAAUCAACAUCGUCACUGGAUUUAAUGACAGAUUCUGGUGCCGAUGCGUUCCUCAAGAUGGAUCAAUUGGCCAUCCUCAAAGAGUCAAUCGAUAUUAUUGAAUGGAAGUGGGUACCAGAGUUUCAACAAUUGACCACUAAAACACGUGUCAUUGCAACUCCCAAACCAUUGUCUCCGCGUCAAGCUGGAAGUAGUCAUGGAGGAUACGAUGUAGAUGACUCGUGUAGUAAUGAUGGAUCAUUGUAUGAUGAUAGUGUGUCUACAUCUUCAUCUUCAAAUAUAAAGAUGAGUACUGCAUCUUAUCAACAUGGUGAAAGUAGAUCAUCUUUAUGUUUGGGAGGAAAUGACCAAGAUUCUGCAAGUAGUAUUAGUCUUAGUGCAAGUAAUAGUAAUAGUUUACAUAAAUCAAUGUCAAUGGAGAAUGUAUCGAGACGUGGUGGUGGUGUGAAUGGUAUGGGACGAUGGGAACGUGAAGUCAAUAUAUAUGGUAAACUUGGAUUUGAGAAACGUGCUCAUCCAGAGUACCGAGAACUCUCAGCAAUGCUUCCCAAACAAUCAUAUAUUUAUUCGAUUGGUGGACACUUGAAUGGAUUUGAUCAGUAUGCAUUAGAAAGAUACGAUAUGAAAGAGGGACGUUGGCGUACACUCAAACCACUCCAUCAGAUGGACAAUGACUUCACGUCACACUAUGAUGGCAGAAAUAGUAUAUACAACUUUGGCGGUAGUCUGACACCAAGCAAGGUCACCAAAUACCUGAUUGCAGAGGAUCGUUGGGAGAUACUGUCAUCGGAAAUACCCGAGGGUGGUAGAUUCCUACAUUCAUCAGUGUAUGACCAAAAACAAUUCAUCUAUCUAUUGGGUGGAUUCCCACGCUCCAAUUCAGUACUGCGUUUCAAUCUAGUGACUGAAGAAUUUACAAAACUAUCAUCGAUGAAAUCACUUUGGAAAAUGUCAACUGUCUAUGACGCCACGACCAACUCGAUCUACACGAUUGGAGGUUGCAAUAUAUCUGGCUCGUCGGUCAAUACAUUUGACAGAUUCGAUAUCGAUGAAAAUCGUUGGGUUGAAUUAUCUCCACUCAAUCAUGAAAUGUAUUCAGGUGGUGCUAUUAUAGAUAAUAACAAUGGUUAUAUUUAUGUAUUUGGUGGUUUUAAUUCUCAAAAUAAUGAAACUUUAAAUAGAGUAGAAAGAUAUUCAAUUGAACAUAAUAAAUGGGAAGUGGUUGAACCUCCAAUUCCCCAAAGAAUGACAUUUACCAAUUCAACCUUUUUUGAUGGAGAUCAUUAUGUCUAUCUUGUCGGUGGUCAUAGUCCUGCAACCAAAGAAAAUAUUUCGACAGUGUACAGAUUCAAUACAAUUACCUUUGAAUGGGAUAUUCUAACAACUUUUCAACAUUCCAGAGUCAAAGGAUCGGCUAUUUAUAUAUCAAAAUAA